GCACGCGGUUCCGCAGGUGGCAGCGAUGGCCCAGUCCUGAACUCCCCGCCAUGGCCGGCGCCCCCGGCCCGCUGCGCCUUGCGCUGCUGCUGCUCGGGAUGGUGGGCAGGGCCGGCCCCCGCCCCCAGGGUGCCACUGUGUCCCUCUGGGAGACGGUGCAGAAAUGGCGAGAAUACCGACGCCAGUGCCAGCGCUCCCUGACUGAGGAUCCACCUCCCGCCACAGACUUGUUCUGCAACCGAACCUUCGAUGAAUACGCCUGCUGGCCAGAUGGGGAGCCAGGCUCGUUCGUGAAUGUCAGCUGCCCCUGGUACCUGCCCUGGGCCAGCAGUGUGCCGCAGGGCCACGUGUACCGGUUCUGCACAGCUGAAGGCCUCUGGCUGCAGAAGGACAACUCCAGCCUGCCCUGGAGGGACUUGUCGGAGUGCGAGGAGUCCAAGCGAGGGGAGAGAAGCUCCCCGGAGGAGCAGCUCCUGUUCCUCUACAUCAUCUACACGGUGGGCUACGCACUCUCCUUCUCUGCUCUGGUUAUCGCCUCUGUGAUCCUCCUCGGCUUCAGACACCUGCACUGCACCCGGAACUACAUCCACCUGAAUCUGUUUGCAUCCUUCAUCUUGCGAGCAUUGUCCGUCUUCAUCAAGGACGCAGCCCUGAAGUGGAUGUAUAGCACGGCUGCCCAGCAGCACCAGUGGGAUGGGCUCCUCUCCUACCAGGACUCUCUGAGUUGCCGCCUGGUGUUUCUGCUCAUGCAGUACUGUGUGGCAGCCAAUUACUACUGGCUCUUGGUGGAAGGCGUGUACCUGUACACACUGCUGGCCUUCUCGGUCUUCUCUGAGCAACGGAUCUUCAGGCUCUAUGUGAGCAUAGGCUGGGGUGUUCCCCUGCUGUUUGUUGUCCCCUGGGGCAUUGUCAAGUACCUCUAUGAGGACGAGGGCUGCUGGACCAGGAACUCCAACAUGAACUACUGGCUCAUUAUCCGGCUGCCCAUUCUCUUUGCCAUUGGGGUGAACUUCCUCAUCUUUGUUCGGGUCAUCUGCAUUGUGGUAUCCAAACUGAAGGCCAAUCUCAUGUGCAAGACAGACAUCAAAUGCAGACUUGCCAAGUCCACGCUGACACUCAUCCCCCUGCUGGGGACUCAUGAGGUCAUCUUUGCCUUUGUGAUGGACGAGCACGCCCGGGGGACCCUGCGCUUCAUCAAGCUGUUUACAGAGCUCUCCUUCACCUCCUUCCAGGGGCUGAUGGUGGCCAUCUUAUACUGCUUUGUCAACAAUGAGGUCCAGCUGGAAUUUCGGAAGAGCUGGGAGCGCUGGCGGCUUGAGCACUUGCACAUCCAGAGGGACAGCAGCAUGAAGCCCCUCAAGUGUCCCACCAGCAGCCUGAGCAGUGGAGCCACGGCGGGCAGCAGCAUGUACACAGCCACUUGCCAGGCCUCCUGCAGCUGAGACUCCAGCGCCUGCCCUCCCUGGGGUCCUUGCUGCAGGCCGGGUGGCCAAUCCAGCCUCCCCCACAAAUAAUGAACAGCAGAAAGACUGGACGGGGAAACCUAUCAAUCCUGCCCCCAGCCAUGGUGAGGAAGCCCCAAGCCAUGGUGACACACAGCAGCACUGCAGAUAGCCAGACAGAUGGCUAUCCUAGAGAGGCUGGCAAGGAGUUCGUGGCUGCAAAAGAAGUUUCUGGAGCAAGAGAGAGCUCGCUCUUGGGAGUCAGGACCUCCGGGGAGAGCAGAGGGUUCCGACGGAUUCCUUUAUGAGUCAGUCUCUCUCCCCCUUUUAAGUGGUGGGAACCCUCCCCAAAACCUUACCCCAGACACAUUCUCCUGUGCCCCUCAGAGAGGCAUGUGAUGUGCAAGGAAAAUAAUAGGAUAUAAAACACAUCAAGCAGAAAAUUUCUUAUACUUCAGCUUCAGUGAAGUGUUGUCUAUGUUAAUAGGCAAGUUGAACCUCGGGCUAAAGAAAGGAAUUGUGUGGAUGGCUGCCUUGACUGAGACAAUAUGGGCAGGGGGGCAUUCCUGCUUCCCCAGAACAAGGGCAGGCUUCCCAAAGGCACCCCUUAUUUGCUGUCUCUUCGUGAGCGUGGGCACCAGUGGGUUGAUGUGGGAAACAGUGCUGGUGCAAGUGUUUAAGUUUUGGAUAAACUGAGGAUUUUGAGAAUCAUUAUUACAUUACAUAGCAACAAAGAAACAGAUUGAUAUAAUCUGUGUGAAAUAAAUUGCUGAGGAGAGGGAUUGUAGGGAAGAAGUUGCUUAGUUAGGCACCUGGGAAGCUCAAAUCAUUUAGUUUAAACUGUAAGUAGAGUUGUCUUCCCAACUGGAACUGGUGAUUCCUGAUUUCUGAAGGCUCAUCAGACCCCCACACCCAAGUCUUUUAACACGUAGGAAGUUUUUCCUUCAUGAAUACAUACAAGAUACCGAACUGAAGAAAUAUUUUCUUUGCUCCAACCCCCGCUCCCCCCGCCCUCCGAAGCUAUUAAUAGUCAUUCAAAUGGCACUGCACUCUUUCCAAGCUUUCCUAAGCUAAAUAUGGCUCCAACAGGUCUGGGAACUAUUGAAUGCAAUGUACUCUGAAAUUCCAGCAGCUGUUUACAUGCCUGAUGCCUAAUGCCAUACGCCUGGAACUUGCUGAGAACUCUCGGCUGCCUCUGUCCUGGGGUACUAUUGCUGACCAGCAGGGUGUAGGCGCUGCUUUUGUUUGAGCUUUGUAGCCACAAGGUCUGAUGGCUGUUGUGAACAGCAGCUGACUUCAGCACUCUGGCCAGCUUCCUCAAACUUGUUAGGGGCUUGCAUUUUGUCAAUUUUUCUUUGCCAUUUCAGUCUUUCAAGCAGCUGAAUCGCAGCACUGAAACAAAACACUUACAUUGCAAAGUUCCUUCCCUUUAAAAUGAGUUUCUGGAUUGCAGAGAUGACUUUGUAUGGUCUUAGCGUGCCUCAUGCUGUAGACCACAUCGUUGGAGCUCUGGGAGAGCUCUGAGCAGAGAAAGACCUUGGUGAUCCCCCCUGGCCCGAUCUAUAGGAUUGAGGAAUGAGGCUUGCAGAGGUGGCUUGCCCAAGGUCACAACACUAGAGGGUGGUUGAGCUGGGCCAGGACCCAGACAAGCCCUUUUCUCUCAGUCUAGUGAGGCCUCUGGGAAGGAUAGGUGAAAACUAUAAAUAGCUGUUCAAGAUACUCUGAGUAAAAGUCAGUGGUGUUAUCUGGAAUUUCUACUGAAGAGGAAAUACAGCAGCAAAGGUAGACUCAUCAGAUGGUGAAAGUGUCAUCUCCUUUGUAAUUUAUACUGGUGAGAGGAGGGGAAGGAUGUGCUUUCCUGUUUUUACACUGGUACUUCAUUCAUCCUUGUCUUAAACUUAAGAAAUGAAAUGCAUCAGGGCACACAUAUACAUAGAAACAGCACAUAAGCCAUUUUGGAUGGCAAUUCCAGCACUCUUUUAAUGGAUUGGCUUAAUUUUUUUUCUGAUGCCUCUCUAUGUGUUUGAAAAGUUGUAUUGAUAGUCACACAGAGUGUACUAAAAUAACCUAAAAGGUCUUGAACCUCCCCUUUACCUCUUUAGAACCUCUGAAUUUGGAGACAGCUAGCAAACGGCAACUGUAGCCUAGCAAAGAUGGCACAGCACCACAAAGGGCAAAUGGAGUCAACUCCCUUCCAUGCUCUGAAGGUCUUGGCCACUCUCAUCAGGGUUGGCUGUGUUCUAUCCAGCAGCUCACAGUCAGGAGACCUCCCCUCCUCAGUCCCUCCCAUUUCUUUCUUCUGCAAGGAAAGAACAUUGCGUGUGGGCGUGUGUGUGUGUAUGUGUGUGCCUGUGUGUGUGCAUGUUUCUUCUGUGCAUAGCAGCAUAAAGUUAGGAGAUGAUGACUCCAGAAUCAUCACACCCGCUGUGCAGGUCAUAGGACCGCACACCCGAGGCUGGGAGUCUAAGUGGUAGAUGCUUCCUCUCCAUGCGCAGACAGGGCUCCCAUUAUUUGCUAAUGCCUGCGACGUGCUCAGGGAAGGCAAAAUCUAUUCCAAAGGUUUAUUUUCCCUCUGUUGAAUUGAUUCUAAUCUACAGUGCUUACCCUGCUUUUGGCUCCUACGAGGCAAACUAUAAAAAUUCUCAAAUAAAAUACGGAGGCUUACUCUGCAAAGACACCUGUGUGAAUGACGUGCUAAACAUUCAGCAGAAACCAAAGUAGGAUCAACUCUAAACAUUUUUUCCCUCUUUUGUGGCUGGAAUGAGUUCCCCUGGGAAAGAAAAUCACCCAAGUGAGAAACUUAUGCCAACCACAUUCCCAUGCCCCUACACUGUUACCUGCUGGCCCAGAUCAGCUCUCUGGGUCUGCAGAGGGCCGAGACAGGAAGCAUUAUUAAGCAGUAUAAUUUCAAACACUUUACUUAGUGCCACAGUGUGUCUGCAGUAUCUAUAACUACUUCCGCUCUGCCAAGGAGUACAGACUGGCAGGAAGCAGAUAAGCAUAAUUGUUUUCCAAUAACUCCCCAAGUCUCUUGGAAUAUAUAUGUAUCUGAAUCUCUCAGAGGAGAGAGUUUUCUCUCUUCUUUGGCCAUUUUAGCCUAUCUUCCAGGACCUUGUCUAGCAGUGGCUCCAUUUUUCCCCGAUGCAUCCAACUUCCCUCCCUGCACUCCUCCUCCCCGACAGCUGCCUCAGGAAUAGGUGACCCUGCUGGCCAUACUGUGAAUGCUGUUCUUUCAGCUGUGACCAAUUUGGGGGUGCAGCUGAGAGUGAGGUGCUGUCAGGGCUGAAAAGGACGCACCUGAUUCUACAUUUGGAUGCGAUGAGGAGCAGGGCAGCCACCAGCUUGGAUCCUAACUUACAUUGGGUGGUGCAACCUUUCUGACGGGGCCUGCCAAACUAUCAGUAAUUAGCCAGCCUAGACAAUGUAGCAUGACUAAUUAUUGCUGUGUCAAAGCAAUUCAGGACAAGAAAAACAUAUCUAAAUGAGAAUGUUUAGAUGUGGUGAGAAAAGAGCUCUCACCACAGUUUGAAACAUAUAAAAAGUUGAGUUCUUUGCAGGGGAGCCAACGGGGGCAUUGCGGGAAGGGCAAAAUUCACCCCAGACAGCCAGUGCUUGAUCUUGCCAAACAGUUUACACUUUACCUCCAAACCUGCAGUUCUAAGCUACUCCACUAAAAUAAUCAUCCCAUCCUCAAAGCAGACAAACUCCAGCAUCCCAUCGGUUCUGGAGGGAUUUGAUGCAGACCUUUAAAUGCACCAACAGAGAGGUAAGCCAAGCUCUCAGGAGGGACAAAGAUAGAUUUCUAUCUUCAGUGCUCUUGGGGGAUGUUUGCUCUUCAUGAGUGUUUAAACAAGAUCAUUUCCAGGUGAUUUCUUAACGUAUAAAUUCCUGCAAAAUAGGACCAGCUUCUAUAGGUAGCAAAUGUGUAGGUCAUAUAAUUCCUUGUACAGAUGUGAAUGGAUGCAGACUCUUUCCUAAUUUGCCUUGUAAGCAAAAUAAAAGUCUGUCUCUACUGUC